GGGGGAGGGAGGCGGAGGGGAAAGUUUGUUUAUUUUGUUUUUAGUUUCUGGGGUCCCCGUGUUUCUGGGAGGUGAAGCGGGCGGGACUGACCCCCACUCCCCUAAGUCCCCCUACUACGUCGCCUCCACAAUCUGCGGAGAAGCGCGGACCGCGCGCAUCGUAGCGCAUCGCCUCACAGCGGAACGCCGCGCACUCAGAACCGGCACGGCUCGGCGGGUUUUGGUUUUUGCACUGAAUGUAGUCUAGAUUCAUCUUCACGGGCGUGUGUUGCCCCAGGGUACUGUCAAAGGCAGUAUUUGUGUGUUUCUGCAGAGUUUUGCACAGAGUCUGUUCCCAUGCAAACCAAUGAGGGAGAAGUAUCGGAAGAAAGCGGUUCCAAGGUGGAACAGGAGGAUUUUGUAAUGGAAGGACAUGGCAAGACUCCACCUCCUGGUGAAGAAAGCAAACAAGAGAAGGAGCAAGAAAGGGAAGAACAGUUAAUGGAAGACAAGAAAAGGAAGAAAGAGGAUAAAAAGAAAAAAGAAGCCACUCAGAAGGUCACGGAACAAAAAACCAAAGUGCCCGAAGUGACGAAACCAAGUUUAAGCCAACCAACGGCCGCCAGCCCAAUUGGCAGCUCUCCAUCGCCACCAGUCAAUGGUGGCAACAAUGCCAAAAGGGUGGCAGUGCCGAACGGACAACCGCCAAGCGCCGCCCGCUACAUGCCUCGGGAGGUGCCGCCGCGAUUCCGUUGCCAGCAGGACCACAAAGUGUUACUAAAACGUGGGCAGCCCCCUCCACCCUCCUGCAUGCUCCUUGGGGGUGGGGCAGGGCCUCCUCCCUCCACAGCACCUGGAGCAAACCCAAACAACGCACAAGUGACAGGAACGCUGCUGCAGAGUGAGAGCGGGACUGCGCCAGAGUCAACCCUUGGAGGUGCUGCUGCUUCAAAUUAUGCAAAUUCCACUUGGGGCCCGGGAGCCUCCUCCAACAACGGCGCCUCCCCCAACCCAAUUCACAUCUGGGACAAGGUGAUUGUAGACGGGUCUGACAUGGAAGAGUGGCCUUGUAUUGCCAGCAAAGACACUGAGUCUUCUUCCGAAAACACCACCGAUAACAACAGUGCCUCGAACCCUGGCUCUGAGAAGAGCACUCUGCCAGGAAGCACCACUAGUAACAAAGGAAAAGGGAGCCAGUGCCAGUCUGCAAGUUCUGGGAACGAAUGUAAUCUUGGGGUCUGGAAAUCUGACCCGAAGGCUAAAUCUGUUCAAACUUCCAGCUCUACUGCAGAGAGCAACAAUGGACUAGGAAACUGGAGGAAUGUGAGUGGUCAGGAUAGAAUUGGACCUGGCUCUGGCUUCAGCAACUUUAACCCAAAUAGCAACCCAUCUGCCUGGCCAGCGCUGGUCCAAGAAGGAGCUUCUAGGAAGGGGGCAUUGGAGACAGAUACUAGUAAUUCCAGCGCGCAGGUUAGCACAGUAGGUCAGGCAUCCAGGGAACAGCAGUCAAAGAUGGAAAAUGCGGGUGUCAAUUUUGUUGUCUCUGGCAGAGAACAGGCUCAAAUUCAUAACACUGAUGGACCAAAAAAUGGAAACACUAACUCCUUGAACUUAAGUUCACCAAACCCCAUGGAGAAUAAGGGAAUGCCCUUUGGAAUGGGCUUGGGGAACGCCUCCAGGAGCACUGAUGCCCCUCCACAAAGCACUGGAGAUCGAAAGACUGGGAGUGUUGGAUCUUGGGGUGCAGCUAGGGGGCCUUCUGGAACUGACACAGCCUCUGGACAAAGCAAUCCUGGAAACAAUGGGAACAAUGGAAAGGAUAGAGAGGACUCCUGGAAAGGAGCUUCUGCUCAGAAGUCAACUGGGUCAAAAAAUGACUCUUGGGACAAUAAUAACAGGUCUACGGGUGGGUCCUGGAACUUUGGCCCUCAGGACUCUAAUGACAACAAAUGGGGUGAAGGGAACAAAAUGACAUCUGGGGUCUCUCAGGGAGAAUGGAAACAGCCGACUGGGUCUGAUGAGUUGAAAAUUGGAGAAUGGAGUGGUCCAAACCAACCAAAUUCUAGCACUGGAGCAUGGGACAAUCAAAAGGGCCACCCCCUCCCUGAAAACCAAGGCAAUGCCCAGGCUCCCUGUUGGGGAAGAUCUUCCAGCUCCACAGGAAGUGAAGUUGGAGGUCAAAGCACUGGAAGCAACCACAAAGCAGGAAGUAGUGACAGUCAUAAUUCUGGCCGUCGGUCAUAUAGACCCACACAUCCUGAUUGUCAGGCUGUCUUGCAGACUCUUUUGAGCCGAACUGAUUUGGACCCCCGGGUGCUCUCAAACACUGGCUGGGGCCAAACUCAAAUUAAGCAGGACACAGUGUGGGAUAUUGAAGAGGUGCCAAGGCCUGAGGGGAAAUCUGACAAAGGAACUGAGGGGUGGGAGAGCGCUGCCACACAGACCAAGAACUCAGGGGGCUGGGGAGACGCACCCAGCCAAAGCAAUCAAAUGAAGUCUGGAUGGGGGGAGCUCUCAGCCUCUACAGAGUGGAAAGACCCCAAGAACACAGGAGGCUGGAAUGACUAUAAGAACAACAACUCUGCCAAUUGGGGAGGAGGACGACCAGAAGAAAAGACUUCUUCUUGGAAUGAGAAUUCCAGCAAGGAUCAGGGGUGGGGAGGUGGGCGCCAGCCCAAUCAAGGAUGGACUUCUGGAAAGAAUGGUUGGGGAGAAGAAGUUGAUCAAGCAAAAAACAGCAAUUGGGAAAGUUCUGCAAGUAAACCUGUGUCUGGCUGGGGCGAAGGAGGGCAGAAUGAAAUUGGAACUUGGGGGAACAGUGGGAAUGCAAGCCUCGCUUCUAAAGGUGGUUGGGAAGAUUGCAAAAGGUCUCCAGCAUGGACUGAGACGGGCAGACAGCCCAGUUCCUGGAAUAAACAGCACCAACAGCAGCAGCAGCCACAGCAGCCACCACCACCACAACCAGAGGCUUCUGGUUCAUGGGGCGGCCCACCCCCACCACCUCCAGGCAACGGACGACCUUCCAAUUCCAACUGGAGCAGUGGGCCACAGCCAGUACCCUCUAAGGAUGAGGAACCCAGUGGUUGGGAAGAACCAUCCCCACAGUCAAUUAGUCGGAAAAUGGACAUUGAUGAUGGCACUUCAGCAUGGGGAGACCCCAACAGUUACAACUACAAGAAUGUGAAUCUGUGGGAUAAGAAUUCCCAAGGGGGCCCAGCACCUCGAGAACCAAACCUGCCUACCCCGAUGACCAGUAAAUCAGCAUCAGUUUGGAGCAAAAGCACACCACCUGCUCCUGACAAUGGUACUUCAGCUUGGGGUGAGCCAAAUGAAAGCAGCCCUGGGUGGGGCGAAAUGGAAGACACAGGAGCAUCGACCACAGGCUGGGGGAAUGCACCUUCCAACACUCCAAAUGCCAUGAAAUCUAAUUCCAAAUCUAUGCAAGACGGCUGGGGGGAGAGUGACGGGCCAGUGACAGGAACUCGCCAUCCCAGCUGGGAAGAGGAGGAUGACGGAGGAGUCUGGAACACGGCCGGCUCUCAGGGAAGUGCUUCCUCCCACAACUCAGCAAGCUGGGGACAAGGAGGAAAAAAACAAAUGAAGUGCUCACUAAAAGGAGGAAACAAUGAUUCAUGGAUGAAUCCUCUUGCCAAACAGUUUUCAAAUAUGGGAUUGUUGAGUCAAGCUGAAGAUAAUCCAAGCAGCAAAAUGGAUUUGUCUGUAGGGAGCCUUACAGAUAAGAAAUUUGAUGUGGACAAGCGAGCAAUGAAUCUCGGGGAUUUUAAUGAUAUCAUAAGAAAGGAUCGAUCUGGGUUCCGUCCACCUAAUUCCAAAGACAUGGGAACCACAGAUAGUGGGCCUUAUUUUGAGAAGCUGACUUUGCCUUUCUCCAAUCAAGAUGGGUGCCUUGGGGAUGAGGCUCCCUGCUCUCCCUUCUCCCCUUCUCCCAGCUACAAGCUGUCUCCCUCUGGUUCCACACUACCCAACGUCAGCCUUGGAGCAAUCGGCACAGGGCUCAACCCCCAAAACUUCGCUGCUAGACAAGGUGGCAAUCAUGGUUUGUUUGGAAAUAGCACAGCACAAUCGAGAGGUAUGCACACACCAGUGCAGCCACUAAGUUCUUCUCCUAGUCUCCGGGCGCAAGUGCCUCCGCAGUUUAUUUCUCCCCAGGUUUCUGCCUCAAUGCUCAAGCAGUUUCCCAACAGUGGCCUGAAUCCAGGUCUUUUCAAUGUGGGGCCCCAGUUAUCUCCUCAACAAAUCGCCAUGCUGAGCCAGCUUCCACAGAUUCCCCAGUUUCAGUUGGCAUGUCAGCUUCUCUUGCAGCAGCAGCAACAGCAGCAGUUGUUACAGAACCAGAGAAAGCUUUCUCAAGCUGUACGCCAGCAGCAAGAGCAGCAGCUGGCUCGGAUGGUGAGUGCACUCCAGCAGCAGCAGCAGCAGCAGCAGAGGCAGCCCAGCAUGAAGCAUUCGCCGUCUCAUCCUGUUGGGCCCAAGCCACAUCUGGACAACAUGGUACCCAACACUCUGAAUGUGGGGCUCCCAGACCUUCAAACCAAAGGGCCAAUACCUGGAUAUGGUUCUGGCUUCAGCUCUGGCGGCAUGGACUAUGGCAUGGUUGGUGGGAAGGAGGCUGGAACGGAGUCUCGCUUUAAACAGUGGACCUCCAUGAUGGAGGGACUGCCCUCUGUGGCCACACAGGAAGCCAGUAUGCACAAAAAUGGCGCUAUAGUGGCCCCUGGGAAGACCCGAGGAGGGUCACCAUACAACCAGUUUGAUAUAAUCCCGGGUGACACACUGGGUGGCCAUACGGGUCCUGCUGGUGAUAGCUGGUUACCUGCCAAAUCUCCACCAACAAAUAAAAUCGGAAGUAAAUCCAGCAAUGCCAGUUGGCCUCCAGAAUUCCAACCAGGAGUGCCGUGGAAAGGUAUCCAAAACAUUGACCCUGAAUCUGAUCCCUAUGUCACCCCAGGAAGUGUGCUGGGGGGUACAGCCACAUCUCCUAUUGUAGAUACUGACCACCAACUUCUGCGGGAUAACACCACAGGGUCUAAUUCUUCCCUCAACACCUCGCUGCCUUCACCUGGUGCCUGGCCCUACAGUGCCUCUGACAACUCCUUUACCAACGUUCAUAGCACUUCAGCAAAGUUCCCUGAUUAUAAAUCAACAUGGUCCCCAGAUCCCAUAGGACACAAUCCCACUCAUCUCUCCAACAAGAUGUGGAAAAACCAUAUUUCCUCAAGGAACACUACACCGCUGCCCCGCCCACCUCCUGGUCUGACCAACCCCAAACCGUCAUCUCCCUGGAGCAGCACAGCGCCCCGAUCAGUUAGGGGAUGGGGGACACAGGACUCACGGCUUGCCUCAGCCUCUACCUGGAGUGAUGGUGGUUCAGUUCGUCCUAGUUACUGGCUGGUCCUUCACAAUCUCACUCCACAGAUUGAUGGGUCAACCUUGAGAACCAUCUGCAUGCAGCAUGGCCCACUGCUGACAUUCCAUCUGAACCUAACUCAGGGCACCGCCCUGAUCCGAUACAGCACCAAACAGGAGGCGGCCAAGGCCCAGACUGCACUGCACAUGUGUGUGUUGGGAAACACUACCAUCCUGGCUGAGUUUGCCACCGAUGAUGAAGUUAGCCGCUUUCUGGCACAAGCUCAGCCCCCUACACCUGCAGCAACCCCGAGUGCGCCCACAGCAGGUUGGCAGUCGCUGGAGACCGGCCAGACCCAGUCAGAUCCUGUUGGGCCUGCUCUGAAUCUUUUCGAACUCCCCAAAGAGGAAACCAGUCCCUCCCGCAAGAUUCCUUCAGCUUCAUUCAGGAAGACAAAGGGAGGAGAGAUGCUGCCGCUCUCGUGCUUCACUCUCAUUCCUCUCUAAUGGCCUUGAAAUGUAUUAUUAUGCAAAUGUGAAUUUUGAUACUGAAUUUAAGAAGAGGUUGUUGGAUUUUUUUUCUUUUUUUCAAAAAAAAAAUAGGUCCCAUAUGUGGUCAUCAUUGCUUCUUUAUUUUGUAACGUGAAUUGUAACUAUGCAUUCUGCAAAGGGGGGGGAGGAGAGGGCAGAAAGGGGAAGGAAGAAGCUUUGCAUCUUGUUCUAUGGUUUCUGUGUCCAUGGUAUCCCAUGUCCUGGCGGGAAAGGGGAGUGAGAGCAAGAAGCAGUAAGGUCAGUGCAGUGAGGUGCAGAGACCUCUGGGUCCUUCCCAUGGUCGCUGGCAGGCCUGGUGGCCCAGCAAAACCAAGAUGGUACAGGAUCCUCCAUCCUAGCCAUGCAGUGUUAACCCAGUGCAGCAGGGGGACCCCACAGGCUCCUGUGUUCUCUGGGAAAAAGUACUCAUCCUUUCCUGAAUUCAGAACCCUUUCAAGCUCAGGAAACAAUGCCUCACUUGUGCUGACCUUAAAGUUCAUCUUUAUGUCAACUUCAAAAACCUCCUCCUCCUCACUCCUUCUUAAUGUUUUAUUCUUCCUUCUUAAUUGCUUUUAAGUGAAUUUAAUUAUAAGGAAACUGUCUUGCUCCAAGGGGAAGGGGACUGCUGCUUGGCAGGCAAAAAAGGCUUCUCUUCCCCAGCCACUACCCCUCGGCCAAACGCGAUCUCUCUGCUUCCCUGGCAUUUAUUAAGCUGUGCAGAGCUAGCAAGCAGUGAGGUGUUUGACGCGGGAAAGACUGCAGCCUUCUCUUUGUCCUCACAGAAUUCCUUUGUGGAUCUUGCCUGUGGUGAAUCGUGGCACCUGCAUUGCUCUGGUCUAGGCAUUAUUUGCGACACACAGUAUCGUACGCAAGAGAUCGUUCUGCCUGUGUUCAGUGUUUCCACGCAGCAGCUCUUGUUGUUGUCCACAGUACUGUAACAAGUUACAGACUUGACCGCAGUCUCCUUGUGCCCGGGCAGGGCUGCACGGGCACGAUCUUAUCAGGGUUUCAAUCUGUUAGAUUGCCUUUAGACAAAAAACAAAACAACAAAAAAAAUUAAAAUCCUGACGUUUCAACUGUCUAACACAAAAUAAUACCUCGAGGUACAUUUCCCCUGCAGUGUAGCCCUUGACUCCCUCUCCGCUGACAAAAGUGGGUUGUCCUUUUGAAAAUAUGAACAUGUAAAUAGCAGGAUAACUUCUGUAAUUGUUUUGCUGUGAAAGUAACCCUAAAAUAUGAUUUUUUUUCCCUCUCUUUUUAAGCCAUCAGAAGUUAUAGAUCUUAUUCUUUCGUGUUUCAGAAGAGAAAGCAGAACAGGCCAGGGUACGGACUUGCAUUGUGGGCAGGGCUGCAGCCUCCCAUUCACAGUGACAGGCCAGUGUCUGGAGCCUGUUUUGAAUAGAUGCCAUCUGUUCCAGCCUUCUAGCUCCAGGGUGGGGAGUGUCUGAAUUUCUCUUCUUGGGAAGAUCCAUCCCCUCCAGGGUUCAGGAUUGUUUUCCACGGGAGACCUUGAGCUCUCAACCUUUCUUGAUUCCCACACACAACAGUAGCAGCAUUCUGUAGUUCACAGAGGGAACUAGUCCCUGGCAUUUCAGUUCGAUGCUAUAGAAUUCACAUCCUCAUCACUUUGCAAGAGGCUGAAGAUGUGUUGAUUUCCUUCUUACAAGGCAGCUCAUCUGAGAUGUGCAAACCACCACCCUGAAAGGCCCGUGCACCCUCAGACAUUCCCCCUCUAUGAGGCUUGGCUGACAUUAAGUUGAGGGACAAAAGUUUAACAAAUGCUGCUUGUAGGGCUGCCAGCUACUGCUCUCCUAGAUUUGGCUGGCCACUUACAAGGCAGGGUCGGAGUGGGUCAUUCUGAAUAGCUUCUUCACAAACACACCCCCCCAUCUUAAACCCAGGUAUCUGUCAAGAAGCCCUUUUUAGUUUUUACUUGUACAGUGACGACUUCCUUUGAGGGGAAGAAGCUUGAUUAUAAAUGCACGUAUAUUCACCAUCCACCCUCUAAUUUGGGCCCUCUCAACCUCGGGAUUUUAUUUUUUGUUUGGAGAUUACUUUACUAUCAUUUCCUUCCUCUGAUCCCUCAAAAGUUCUUCCUGACCUUAUUCCUCUAUGAUCUUCCCAAAGGGCUUUGUUGAUCUCUGUACUUCUUUCCUGGGACACUCACUCCCCCACCACCACCCUUUGCACACAUACCAGUGACCAAAGUGUGUCCAGUGAUCUCACAGAAGACAUCAAAAAUGGUGCGUGCACCGCGAAUGUGCUCACAGAGACACGUGCACAAGAUUCUGCACCCUUGGCCUUAACCUCAGUAUGACUUAAGGUGCAGGAACAUUUUUAAUAGGUUUAAAAAAAAAAAAUCACCCUUCUGGGAGGGAGGGGAAUAAAAGGCAGACACAAGAGCUCCGCUGUGCCGGCUCCUAACUCGCCACUGUUUGCUUACAACUUCAAGUUCCGUGCCCGCCCCAACCCAUCCCUGUUUUGAGAACCAAAAACAGACAACAAAAACAACCUGAGGAGAGAUUUCUGGACUAUUUUGUCUUUCUCCACUUAGAUGGAGAUGUAAAUGCUGCUUUGGGUUCCAUAAUCCUAGGGGGCUAUGUUUACAGAGUAAAAUACAUCCUACCAAAUCAGGAAACUGAGUAACGGAACCUCCGCAGUGAGAGUCAGUCACUGACGGUGAGCAAGACCAAGACCAGCGAGGGGACUGGAGGGGUGCAGAGGAGGAGGGAUGGAGAGCCCACUUCAGUGGCUUGUGACAUGUCGCUCCCUUCCUCCAAUCUCCUCUCUUCACUUCUCUCCUCGCCCCCUUUGAACAGAAGGUGCAGAGAAGGACAUCAAAAAGAGGCUGGAGUUUUAAAAGGCAGCUUUCCAGCUUUGCACACAAACAGGUAACAGGAAGGUACAGUAAAAAUCCUCUCAUCUGAAACACUGUCAGCAGAAACAAAACCUAUAAACAUGACUGAAUAGCUGCACAAACGUUGAUGCUCUCUGCAGGUUACCUAGAAGUGUUUUGUUUUUCUUAUACUUGAAAUAGCUUUUACAAUAUUAUUUUGGUGGCUUUCUUUCCUCUCUUCCGGUGGGCAAUCGAGAAAGUGGAUGAUGUGAUUUAAGGAAGUUUGAGGAGAGAAAAGGAAGGAUAUGGCAUUGUCUUUUUUUUUUUUUCUUAAACAUAGAGGUUUAAUCAAACUCCCAUAUGUUGAAAUUGCUCCUCAUGUUACUGGUUUUACAUGGACACAGAAACUAGGCACUUUAGAGGUGCACUUGCAUGGCAGGCUGGGCCCCCCUUUUCUAUAUUUUAUUUUACUUUAGUAUAGUGGUACUUAAAAUCACUGGUUCACUUAAAAAACAAACAAUAAAAUGUUAAACUCUACUAAUGUACAAAUAAGCUGAAAAGUUGCAUUUUAUGUGUAUUUUUUGCCAUAGCAGGUACUGUAUUUCUCAUGCUGGAUUUCAAAAAAAAAAAAAAUCAAAAGCAAAAAAAAACUAAAGGGUGGUGUUUUAUUGGAUUGUGACAGGUUGAGUAAUAAGGAAUUAAGUCUUCGUCAUUUCAUUAAAACUGAGAGAUGAUGUAAUGCAUAUAUAAGAGUUUUCUGAAGGGUUUUUUGGGGGCUUUUAAACAGCUUAUUUUUGUUUUUGUUUAGUUUUUUAUUUUAUUUUAUUUUGGAAAGAUAUGAUUGUAUUAUGUGCAACUCAGUUGCUUACAUUAUAACUACAAAAUAUUUUUGGGUUCCUGGAAA